GCGAUUCUUCAAGUAUUUGGCUUACACGUCACUAAGUUUACUCAUCCGCUAAAAAUCUAUCCCUCUCUCUCUCUGUGAAGGAAGCGACACGAACAAUGGCUUUCGCUGCAGCGGCUCUCUACUUUACGCCUCCCUUAAGCCUCCGAUCUCCGGCUGGUUUCCUUCACCGACCCUCCAAUCUUUGUCGACUUCUCGUUCCUCCGAAGAUUGGCGCAGCGAGUACCAGAAUCGGUGGAAGCCGGAAAACUAAGAGGCCAUUUGUAGCAAAUGCUCUGCCGGUGGAGGAAGACGGAGUUUCUCUGGGUACAAUGAAGCUUCCCGUAGAUACCGAUCUCGCGAGAUUUGAGACCCUUCUUUUUCAGUGGGCUAACAGUCUUUGCCAAGGAGCCAAUAUACCUCUUCCUGUUCCUCUAAAGGUGGAUAGAAUAAGUGGAGGAGCGAGGUUAGGAUUCAUAGUGAUGGAGGAUGAAGGAAAAACUGAUGUUCCGGUUUACAUCGACUGUUUGGUUUACCAGAGCACAGAGAGUGGUUCUGGUUCAGGACCGGUGUUCCGAGCUACGCGUAAUGGUCGGAAGAAAGACAAGGCACCUCCGGGAGAAGAAAGAAUCAUGAGAAGCCUCUUAGGAGCUCUCAAAAGAGCUGUGGAACUUGCUCGAGUCACAUAGAAUUUGAAUCUAGAAUCCAAAAUGUCGAGACAUGUCUCGUUUUUAUUUGUUGUCUUUGCAUUGUCUCUAUAAGAACCAAUCUAUUUAGCCAAAAAAAAAAAAAAACCAAUCUAGUCGAUAGUUGUAUAAGUUGUAACAUUUCAAUAGUUCUUAAAAUUCUAAAUAUAUAAAUUAAAGUUGCCUU